AUGGCCGAUGCUGGUGCUAGUGCUUUAGUAAUUCCCAAACAUACAGUUUUCAAUGAAGAUUGGACACCAGCAGGAGUGCAAGAAAGCGAUCUUGUAGAUUCUUAUUAUACCAAACUCAAGAAGAUUGCAAGACAUGCUAAUAUAGGAGAUGAUAAAUUCUGCCAUAGAUUUCUUAAAGACUUUCUCUAG